AUUAACAGCCGUUUAACACCGCAGAGUCCCAGCCGCGGCGGCAGACUGGGAGACCGACUCAAGCUGGAGGAUUUGUUAAGAUAAUUCGCUUAGAAGCAUAAUAUUGAUCGCACCGAAACAUUCUCCGUGUCACAGUUUCAGCUCAAGACUUCUGACCGGGCAAAAAAUCUCCAGGAGAGAGAUCUCCAGGAUCGUUACGCACAACUUUUACGCACAAACGGAGACCUGCCGAUGAACAGAUCUUCAUGUCACCUUCAGCACGGACUAUACUACAAUUUAUACUCACACAGGUGUGAUAAUGUUAAGUGUGCGAACUGCAGGAAUGGAUGAAACGAUCCGCUACAUGCUCUGCUAAAACAACACCAAACCACGGACACUGGGAACUUGCCUGUCACAGCGAGCAGCGCCGGGUGCCAAAAUGAGCUUUUACCACCAGAGCUGGAGGAUCUUACAUAUUGUCGUUGCAACAAUUACAGCCGUUCUCACACAAGAUUUGAGCAGUACCGAGCUGAGCGACAUUAAGAGCCCAGUGCCUUUCCCUGUCUUCUUGCCUGUCAAUUAUGAGGUGCGAGAUGCUGACUACCUCUUCCUUAAGGAAGCUGGGCAAGACUUCAUGAGGAACUCCAGCAUGCAGACUCACACGCAACCCUUUGUCAUCUUAAGAUCCAGUCGGCAGCCAGCGGUCAACGCCAGCUACGGCCCGAUGUCCACAGAGCAGCUUGUGCCUCUAGAUCUAGUCCAGUCUGUGCAGCUUUUCAACGCUCCGGAGGUCUUUACCUUUAACUGGAAAAUCCAGUCCUUCGUGCUGACGCCUCGGGUUUUCUCCCCCAAGCCCAAAGUGCGCGUGCUUUUCUAUGUUGCGGGUAGGGACUGGGACCGAGGAGAAGGAACUGUGGAUGAGCUACCGUGUGUGACAGUGUACGCUUUCUGGCAGACUCAGGAGGUCAGGGGUUCCUGUGCCAUGGGAGGCGAGAGGGGAACCUGCAUGGCUGAGCUGAAUCCUGCACCUGGUUGGUUUGCUGUGGGGUCAGAGGGCACCAGCAGGGAGAGGCAGGACCCGACUACUGGGAACCCUGUGGAGCUGUACUACCAGGCGCAACCCAAAGUCAAUGGGAAGUGUAAUUCUGUGGAUGGAAGUCGUUGGGGGGGCUCACAGCAGCAGGCAGAGUAUGUUCCCAUCACAGCCAUGCAGAGGAUUGGCAGUGUUCGUCUUCUGCAGGUGCCCAAAGGAAUGGCAACACUUUCACGGCUCAAGCUCGGCAAUGCUAUUGUUAUACGGACAUCUUCUAAACCACUGAAGAAGACUGAUAUCGCCACCUUCUACAUACUCAUGGCCAGCUCUGCUCAGCUGACUAACUUCACUCUCAGAGUGACAGUAAAGAAAGGUGUGACCUUUCGAACAGCGACACCUAGUAACUCUUUACUGUGGGACAUCACUCUGGAUAUGGGCGCAGAUGGAGACAUCGCUGUUAUUUGUCAGAGGAAGGCUCCCAUACCUGGGAAAAGGCUUGAGAGCAGUCUGCUGGAGGUGCUUCAGAUGGAUUUCGAGGUGGAGGAGCUGAGCAGUCCUCUUGAAAGUCAGGUGAUCAUCUGGAGGCUGGAACUAACAUCUGCGUCCAAAAACGUAGCCAAGACUGAAGGAGCCAUGAGGAUCUAUACAACUCAAAGAGACUUUGUUGGCCUGGCCCCUCUUGUAAUGGACACAGAGAUCCUGAAUACAGCUGUUCUGACUGGAAAGAAGGUGGUGAUGCCUGUGAGGACGGUGGCAGUGGAAGAAGACGGAGUGAUAACUGACGUGUCCGACUACACAGACUGUAGCUCCACUGAUGAAGAUGUUCUGAAGGUGUCGGACAGGUGCGACUAUGUUUUCAUGAAUGGCAAAGAGAUAAAGGGCAAGGUGAAGUUGGUGGUGAACUUUACUUACAGCUACCUGAGUGCUCAACUUGAACUGAAUGUGUGGAUGCCUCGACUCCCCCUCCAGAUCGAGGUGUCAGACGCAGAACUGAGCCAGAUCAAAAGCUGGAGGGUACCGAUACUUACUUCAAAAAGAAAUGGUUGGAACAGUGAAGAAGACGACAGGAAAGGGAAGGGCUGCAUGCUCCAGUAUCAGCAUGCCCUGGUGCGGGUGCUAACUCACUUCGUGGCAGAGCAGGCAGACCCUCGGGAUCCUAAGGCCUAUUUCCUGGGCUCGGAUUGGCAGGUGGAUGUCACAAGGAUGGUUCAAUACUUCAUGAAGGUGGAGGACCCUCGAGUGGCAAGGUUGCAGUCUGGAAGGGUGCUGUCAGGACGAGACCUCGGGACAACCACCAUCCAGGUGUUUUCUCCACUAUCUGAUGCAAUCCUGGCUAAGAAAACUAUCAAAGUCGUGGAUGACAAAGUGACCAUUACAGAGUUGGGCGUCCAGCUGGUUUCAGGCCUCUCCAUGACUUUACAGCUCAGUACUGGAAGCAAUAGGGCCAUCCUGGCAACCACAACCACACAGGAGGUCCUACAGAGCCCCAAACAGGAAGCUUUGGUCAGUGCCUGGCUGCAGUUCAGUGAUGGCAACCAGACCCCUCUUGACAUUUAUGAUCCUGCUUACUACAGAGUCAUGGUGGCGUCUCUAGAUCAGGGGGUGGUGUCAGUGCAGGGCACGCCUCCGACUGUGGUGGCUGAGGGUGAGGGCGAGGGAGUCCUGGUCAGAGUAGAGAUGUCCAUCUGUGAGUCCUGCCAGAAGAUCAAACGCAAAAGCACUGUGGCCGUGGGCAACGGCAGCCUCAAGGUCAAGUUUCAAGUGAACAAUCGGUGGCUAGACAGCAAUACUGGUAGCACGGACAGCAGCACUAUUAGCAACAAGGACAAUGACAGUGACUAUGGGAAUGAUGGAGAAGAGGUGGGAAGUGUGAGGAAGCAAAGGAAACCAUUCCAAAACCCUCCACGGCGCAGUCCCACCUCAGAUAGAGAGGAAAGUGUCAUGCAGAAGAUUACAACCACCAUCAAAACUACAGAACGAACUUUCAUCACCAGUGGGAGCCUCGGAGGAGUGGGAAAGACAACUAAUUCAAGAAGCGCCGACAUUCCUACCAGCAUCGUGAGCAGCCCGGCAGAUGGCAGCAAGGUGUAUGGGUCAGACAAUAUGAUAGUGGAGGAUAUGACCAGCUUUGCUAGCACUGUGAAGGCGCCUGGGAACCUGGUGAACUAUAACUUUCCCACCAAGGUGGAGGUACCUGGUCAGGAGACAUCAGAGGUAGAAAUAGGUGGAGAAGAAAUGUUGGCCAGUAGGCCGCUCACAGACUUGGAGAUUGGCAUGUACGCUCUGUUGGGUGUCUUUUGCCUGGCCAUCUUGGUCUUUCUGGUUAAUUGUGUCACCUAUGUUGUUAAGUUCAGGCACAAGCAGCCUCCCUCGCACGGCCAGGAACCCACAGGGCACAGGCAUGACUGGGUAUGGCUCGGCACAGACGCUGAGCUGGUGAUGAGCAUGCCAGGCAGUCCAGUCCAGCAAGAAACCCAGACUACAACCACCGUUAUAGACAUCGGGCCUGAUAAGACUGCCUCUAUGUCCAGAAGGCCCAGUUGCCUAGCCUCUGUUACGGACUCGCCCAUCAGCUGUGGGGGCUCCCUCAGGAGCAAACCUAUGCACAGCGAGUCCAUCCACUCGCCCACUAGCAAGCGAAAGAGAGUCCAGUUCACCACCUUCUCCACUUUAGAGCGCCAGCAUUCGCCACGCCUCCCGCCCAAGGAGAAUGGCUAUGGCAUCCACUGGGUUGGGAAGCAGGACAGUUAUGAGGAGCAACCUCAAAUGACCAUUUCAAAGCCUGGAGACGAUUUGUAAUACAGAACCUGAUCAGACCUCACAUGAACAGAAGAUGUGGCUUUGAUCACCUCUAUGCCUUUCUUAACUGUCUAGAAUAUGUGAUUUUGGAAUUGCCCUCCUCUACAUUUCAUUACCUAUCAAGGCCUUUUACAUGAACUGUAUAUUAUUGUACAUUUUGGAGUGUGGAUAUGUGUUAAAUGGUUAACCAGAUGGACUUUUAAUACACAGCAUUUAAAGCCACCAAAUGCUUAUACUGCAUGUGGAUUUUUUUUUCAAUUGUUGCACUCACAUGCUGGUAUACAAAAUACAAAGACACACUGAAUAAGUGUUCCGAAUAACAAAUGCCAACUAUUGAUUUCCAGUUAUAAUACUAAACUCAACAAAUUGUUUUCAUAUGUAAUAUCUAAGGCCCCUUUCUUUGUAAAUAUUAUAUGAUUAUUUCUCAUUAAAACACCGUAAUCUUAAAGGUCCC